UCGUUUUCCUCUGGUUUCCGGUUUCGAUACCUGACCCCUCUCUCUCCCUCUUGGAUUGGGAAGGAAGCUUGGAUUGGUGACAUUGUCGUGGUUUCAAUUUUCAUGGCGUAUCGAAGAAGACAAGGGCUCACUAAGGCUGCGACGUGCAAGGAAGAGAUUAGAUAUCCCUCCGACGACAGCUCCUCCUCGUCUCUUGCCGCUCAAGCCAUCCGAGCUUCCUCCGCUCAUCGUGAUUCCUCUUUCUCUUCUGCCUAUGGCGAGUCCGCCCUUGCAUCCGCUUACAGAGAACCCAAUCGUCAAAGAUCUUCUGAAUCCAGACAGGAUCCAACGUCUUAUGAAUAUACAUCGAUAAAGAGUUUGAAUGAGUCCAAGUAUGGCUUUUGGGGAGUCCUUGCUAGGAAAGCUAAAGCAAUUCUUGAGGAUGAUAAUGUUGCACAACAAUUUGAAACAUCUAGCAGAACAAAGCCCCAAAUGCUUGAAACAUCAACUGGUGAUCAGUUGCAGUUCCAUCAGCCUUACCAAAAUCCUGAGAACAGUCAUAAGUCAGAGAAUCCUAAAAUACAGAAGGGGUUAGAUGCUAUCACAUCUUCUCUUAAUUACCUUGGUGGUACAAUUGGAAAGUCUUUUGAGGAGGGUCUGACACUGGUUGAGAAUCGGACUGCAGACAUCAUCCAAGAGACUCGUAGGCUGCAUAUCAGGAAAAAGGGGAGCAGUUCCGAUUCACAGAACCAAGCCAAUGAUGUAUGCGCCCCACAGCAGCAAGUACAGAUGCAAACAGACCAUGAGACUCAACUCAAGGCAUCUCGCGACGUUGCAAUGGCAAUGGCUGCCAAAGCCAAGCUGCUCCUACGAGAGCUGAAAACAGUCAAAGCAGAUCUGGCUUUUGCAAAGGAGCGAUGUGCUCAGCUAGAAGAGGAGAAUAGAAUUCUCAGGGAGAGUCAUGAGAAGGGAGAUAGUCCAGAGGAUGAUGAUCUGAUCCGGCUUCAACUAGAGACGCUUCUGGCUGAGAAGGCUCGUUUGGCACAUGAGAACUCUAUCUAUGCACGUGAGAAUCGCUUCCUAAGGGAGAUUGUUGAAUACCACCAGCUCACUAUGCAAGAUGUCGUCUACUUGGAUGAGGGUAUUGAAGAAGUCACAGAAGUCUGUCCCAUUUCAAUUCCUACAAACACCAUUGUGUGCUGUGCUCCAAUGCCCACAUCCACAGCUCCAACCCCACCACUAUCACUGCCACUGCCACCACAUGAUUUUACUGCUACUGUAAGUCCAGUGGUGGACAAGGUUGUUCAACCUUUUCCUGCACCACCAGUUACGGAGGUUGUCUACAGUGCAGUACCAUCAUGCUCUAGUGUACACAUCCUUGCGGUGGAAGAUCCUAAACACUCAUCAAAGCCUUGUGUGUGAACAGUCUCUCCAUCUCUGACUCAUCAGAGGCUACUGCGUGUAACAUUAUUUUUUUUAU